AUGCGGGGUUGGGUGGGGUGCAACUGCGGUGUGGAGUUUUAUGUCUACAAACAAGAGGACAUCGCAGACCACUUGAGGGAGUGUGGUUAUGGAGUCCCUUGUGAAGGAUGUUUUCUAGGCUUUGACUCUAGACCUGGGUUGGCACAGCAUCUUAAACUGAACAAUGGGUGCCGCACUUGCCACCGUCAUUUUAGUACUGAGAAUGGCCUCAGACAGCAUGAACAAGUGCACCUACCCCGAACCGUCGAAUGCUUCAAGUGUAACGAGAAAUUCAUUUCAUUUUCCGCAAUGAUCCUUCACUUAGAGCAGGAGAUCUGUUGGCAGGAUCCGAAUCAUGAACUUGAACAUGCGGCGGCGACCUGCUUUCAAUGGCGUCGCUUUGUUGAAAGGUCUUCCCGAAUCGAGCUGUUGAAUGGCGUUGUGGACGGCAACCCAUUCUACUGUGAACGUUGCUACAGAACAUUCCCAUUUCUCUCAGCGUUGUUCCAGCAUGCCACGUUUAGCAACCAGUGUGAUGCGAGCAUUGACGACGGCGCAUUGGCGAAGUUGGUGCGUUGGCUCGAAUUGGUGAUUGAAUACGGCUACGUCAGCAAGCGCUGA